AUGAAGUUCACCACUCUUUCCAUGGCGGCAGCUGGCAUGCUCGCCACUGCCAGCGCUCAGACUUCUGAGAUCUGCCAGUUGAUCAUCACGAAGACCAUACUCGAGACCUCCACGAGCACGCUCUCUAUUGGUCCGACUUAUGAGAACAACGUUCCCACCGUAACCAGUACGGUGCAGGUAACGUCCAGUGUUGUCGUCACGGUCUCCAAAGCCCCAUUGCCAUCCAAUGUUACAGUCGUCACCCAGACGAUUACCUCCACCGAGACCGAGACCUCUACCAUCACUCUGCCUCUCAAUGGCACCUCCGUUGGAGCAGCCGGCACAAGUGCUCCAGGCGGCGGGCCGUCCUACAUCACAGUGACCAUGACCGCGCCCGGUGGCCCGCCUGCUUACUCUGGUACCUCUGGCUAUGUCAAUUCGACAAUCUCGGACGCUGCGACCGGUUCUGCUUCCGGCACGCCCUUCUCGCUGUCCGGUCUUCCCACCUUGAGCUCUUCUACAGCGGGCGCUGUCACGACUCGUGCUUCAAGCUCGCCUUCUAUCUUUACCCUCACCGUGACUGAAUCGUUCAAGCUUAACAGCACUGCUGUCUCACCAAUCAGCGGAUCUAGCGCACCAGUGCUUCCUUCGGUGUACACCACCACGAUUGUCCAUCCAGUAGAUGGCACUGAGGUCUCGCCUGUCGGCACCUCGAGCGGACCCGUCUCUUCAUCCACCUUCGUUGUCACAAUCACCCAAAGCGCCAACAGCACCAUUGCAAUUGGUCCAUCUAGCACGAGUGUGUCCACACCCUCAGUCUACAUUAUCACGGUGACCGAGACGGCUGCGAGUUCAGCUGCGACGAGCCUUCCCAGCAAAAGCACUGUGGUCUCGCCAGCCACGACUUCCGUCAUCUCCUCCAGGUCUGCUUCAGCGCCUGGGAUCCCUGUUGGCUACGGCUCGAGCUCGGCCUCCGCCAACAGCAGUAUCGUCAUGCCUGUCACCCGCUCGUCGUCUCCUUCUGCCUCUGCUUCGCUCUCGUUGUCGACAGUUCCCGUGUCCGCAGCGGCCUCGAAUUCGAGCACUGCAAGCACCCGCACGAAAAGUACCCGUAUAAGCCCAACCACUCUCUCAGCUCCAGGCUACGCUAUCAGCACUGUAUACGCGACCACAUCAUGGACAAUCACGAGCUGCCCGCCAGAAGUUACGAGCUGCCCAGCAAGCAGUACUCGUGUAUUGUCGACAGUUGUGCCUAUCAGUACGACCCUAGUGCCGGCGAACACAACGUCCAGCACCAGCUCUUCGCUUGCCGGCGCUGUGACUCCAAGUGCAUCUGCAUCUGCGAGCGUAUCUAGCAUCUCUUCCAGCUUCAGCUACCUGCCGUCUAGCCCCAUCAUGUCAUCCAGCAACGCAUCCAGCUCGUCUACAGCAGUCGUCAGCCCGAUAUCCGCCAGUAACGCCACAAUUGUUAACCCAGCAACAGCGAGUCUUACCACAACAUCAGCGUCUUUGACGACCAGCACAAUCUUCACCACGAGCAAGAUGACUAUCACUAGCUGCGCACCUGGCGUCGGCAACUGCCCUGCCGAGUCCACCCGUAUCGUCACUAGCACACUAGCAAUCGAGACAACUAUUUGCCCAAUCGAAGAGGCCAACAAGACCACCAGCAUCUCAUCGUCCGUUGCUGGGCCAGCGACUGCCAGCUCCUUGCCAACAUUAAUCGGCUCUUCGGGCUCCCUUCCAAGCCCUUCCUCGAGCAACGGCACACUCGUUGCACCUGUCACUGGGUCCUUGAGCACCAGCUCUGACACGCGCCUUUAUUCGACCGUGACUGUCACAGUCCCAGCAUCGACUGCUCCAUCGGUCACGCUGGCUCCAGUCUUCUCCUCUGCUCUGGCCAAUCUCACGUCUAGCAUUGGGAGUGCCGACUUGACCUCCAUUGUACCAUCGGCAUCAGUCAACCCGAUCAUUUCUUCUCUCAUAAACAACCUCACUUCUGUCCUACCGGUCUCCGCCCAACCCACCGGAGCUGUUCCCACCGCCAUCCCAUCGUCGUACACUAACGGCUCGGCUACCGUUGUGCAGCCUACCCAGCCCAGCGAUGGAUUGACUCUCAAGCAGAUCCUCGACUGGAUUGCCUACCUGCUGGCUCACAAGUUCAAGUCAUCAGGCGACAUGGGUGCUGCCGAGAAUGAUCGCGCCCACCCUCGCGAUCUCGCUUCUCGCUAG